AUGGACAAGACUCUGUUGGUGAUACUCCUGCUCUCAGGUAUCUGCGUCCCCUCCACCUCCUUUAAAAACGUCUACCACUUUAUCAAAACGAACAUGACUUGGGAUGAAGCAUCUCAGUACUGCAUCAGAGAGCACACAGCACUGGCCCAAAUACACAACAUGGAGAAUGCCUCCGCAAUGAUGAACACUCAGACUGCGGGGUACACAGACAAGGCCUGGAUCGGACUGUUGAACUCUUCAGUGUGGACCUGGGUGGAUGGAAAACCAGCCACCUUUUUCGAUUGGGGAAAUGAUCGGCCAGAAAACGUUGACACUGAUAAUGCCUGUGUGACCAUCGACACAUUUGGAAGUUGGAGCUUUGACAGCUGCUCACUAGAGAAAUAUUUUGUUUGA